CCCGGUACUGUGAGUCUUGAGGGCUCUCCGCCUCGGGCUGCCGGCUGUUAGCCUCCGAGGCGGCGGAGCGCGCCCAGCCCCGGGCGACCCGCGCCCCUGCCCGGGCCAGCGGCGGCACCCGCCAGGCCCGAAACAUCCUCACGGGCUCGCUGCGACACGCGCUGCGGAAGCGCUUCCGCCUGCGCUACGGAGAGCGGCGCGGCCGCGACGGGCCGCAGGAAGGGACAGGCUGCCCAGCAACGCGUUUUUCUCCGCGUUACGAAGGCCUCCGAACCGGCCGGCCGGGUCGAGGGAAGCGCUUCAAGCCUUCCCGGAGCCGAAAGCAUCUGAGCCGUUUCGAGCUUCUUUUGUAAAGGCGACGGCGUCCCCGUGAGGCGGUCGGGGCGAGUUGUUCCCGAAGAAGCCGGCGCAGAGGCCGCAGGACGGGCGGCGCUUGCGGGGAGCUCCCGGCUGUCGCCGCGGGAGCUGACCGGCGAGGCUUGGACUUCGGUUACUUCCAUUUCGCAAGGGGACUGGCUGGAAGGGCUCCUGGCGAGCUCAGAGCGCCCUGGACGCGGAGAGCAGAAAGAGAGGCACAGCGGCCGGAGCACGGCGACGGACGCUGCGAGGAUCACGGGAAAGGCGAGGCUGGGCACGCAUUCAGUAUGGCUUCUCCAGCUCUACUCAUGCGUGUGGUCGCCUCUGCGUAUUCUGUUGCGGAAAAGGCUGCAGCAAUUGUUAGAAAUGUAAUGGCUGCAGGAGACCUGGGGAUAGUGGAAAAGACCGGAGCCAAUGACUUGCAAACCAAAGCUGACCGACUGGCACAAAUGAGCAUUUGUGCUUCUCUGGCACGGAAGUUUCCCAAGGUGACAAUCAUAGGAGAAGAAGACCUAUCCAAUAAUGACAUAACUGAGGAAUUAAUUGAAGAUGGUUACUGUGAAGAAAUACUGAAGAAAACUUGUCCUGCUCAGUACACAGGAAUUAAAGAGGAAGAGCUUGUAAUAUGGGUUGAUCCUUUGGAUGGAACCAAGGAGUACACUGAAGGUCUUCUUGACCAUGUAACAGUUCUUAUUGGAAUUGCUUAUGGAGGGAAAGCAAUAGCAGGAGUUAUUAACCAGCCGUAUUACAACUACGAGGCAGGAGCAGAUGCUGUGCUGGGCAGGACAAUCUGGGGAGUCCUGGGUAUAGGUGCCUUUGGAUUUCAGCUCACCGAAGCACCUGCUGGGAAACACAUCAUUGUUACUACUCGUUCUCACAGCAGUACCCUGGUAAAUGACUGUAUCAGUGCACUGAACCCAGACACUGUCAUCAGAGUUGGAGGAGCAGGAAACAAGAUCAUUCAGCUUAUAGAAGGCAAGGCAUCUGCUUAUGUAUUUGCUAGUCCUGGGUGCAAGAAAUGGGAUACAUGUGCACCUGAAGCUAUUCUACAUGCUGUGGGAGGCAAGAUAACUGAUAUCCAUGGAAAUUCAUUUCAGUAUAACAAGGAAGUGAAACACAUGAAUUCAGCUGGGGUCCUCGCCACUCUGAGAAAUUAUGACUACUACGCCAGUCGUAUUCCUAACAACGUUAAACAAUCUCUUGUGCCUUAAAGUGGCAAAGCCUUUACUUGGCCUGGAAGGCUAAGAAAGUGAGCCUGCAGAAGAAGAAAGCCAGAAGAUAACUGAGCCUGAGAUUUUGUUUUAUAGAAUCUGAACGGAAUUCUUACAUUAAGGUGUUCAGUAAUUUCAAAAUUACGUACAGAAUCUCUAGGUAUCUGUUGGACCAGAUUGUUUUGCUGUGUUUAGCAGACAAUAUCAAAACAGUUGCAUUUCUUCAACAGUUGUUUUCCAUACUCUUUCGUAGUAUUCAUUCUUCAUGACUACUUGCUUAAUAUACUGCUAAUCAUAACGGUACAGUCCAAAAAUCAUCUUAAUCUUCAGGACACAAAAUCACAUUAGGUCGUUUACCUGAUCUUGCUCAGUUUUCAUCAUUGUAUGUAGUCAAGAAGGGUUUAUUGUGUUAAAUACAAAUGGAUUAAGAAUUUGUCUGAAUGGAUUAGCCCAUUUGUAAUAAAAU